GCCAGAGGCGCAUGUGCCGGCGCGGACCUAAAUUUACGCCGGGUCGGAAUUAUCGACCCCUACGCUGCAAAAUAAACCCCAGCUGAGAGUUUCGUCAGCCGAGAAUGACGCGUUCGUGGUAGAGAGUGGGCCGACAAGCGCGAUGAACGUUCCGGAACUGGCCUCGGGGGUCGAGGCGGCCAACUCGCUUUCCUCCCUGGCCCUGCCGAGCACGGACUUGGCCAAAUCGCCCUCCAGCAGCACCUUUUUAGGUGAUGAGGAGGCCAGGUCCACAUGCCCGCUCCUCACGCCGUCGCCUCCCGCUGUUGCGAAUGACCAGUACACGCCUGAAAACGAGACCACAUUUUCCCUGACUGAUGACGCCAACGAUGAGAUCACCCAUUUCCAAUCGCCUCUGGAAGUCGAAAUGCGCGCAGGGGUCAAGUUUAGUGCGGCCAGGCAGAGCAUGCAGAGCGAGGGGAGCACCAGCUCCGGCAGCUCCGGCCAGGAGCCGACCGCGUGCGUGCAGCUGCUGGGCCCACACCACAACUACCAGCACAUCUAUAUGACCACGGCCGUCGACCCUGACGGCCCGUUGCAGGAAAACGGCGGCACGGUGAACAUGCCGCUCUCAUUCGACCAGUUCUCAAACGUCGGCGACUAUUUUUUCACCACCUGGAACUGGCCGCUCAUCAGACAAAUCAGUUCCUUUUGCGUCGUGGCGGUUUUGAUCGGAGCUUUCGGCAUCGCCAUCUCCAUGAUCGCCACCCUUCCCAAGGACUGCGAUCCCCCGCACGAGUGGUGGACCUCCGCCACCGUCUACGAGAUUUUUCCCGCGUCUUUUAAAGACUCGAAAUACCAAGACGGCGUUGGAGAUCUGAGUGGCGUCGUGAGCCCCGAGAGCAUCAACUACUUAAAGGGUCUUGGCAUCGGCGCCGUGAGACUGAACUCAAUCUUUACCUCGCACAACUACCCUGAAGAUUACCACAAUGCCGAAUCUUUGACUGACGUUAACCAGAAAUUAGGCUCCAUCGAGGAUGUCAGGACGCUGGCCAAGAAACUGCACGCAAACAACAUUUCGCUCAUCCUCGACUUGCCUGUCCAUAUUGUCAAGUAUAACAGCACUGCAGGCCCGGAUUACAUUGACCCAGUAAUCAACGCGCUGGAAUUCUGGCGCUCCUACGACGUGGACGGAUUCUAUUUCGUCGGCCUGGACAACGAGACUGUCCAGCCUCAUUUGAAAAGCCGGCUGCAAAGCUGGCGCCAAGCUGUUUCCAAGCGACACGUUUUUAUAGCACCACCGAUACUUGGCAUUGAAAAUCUCGUGGACCUGGUGCACAUAUCUCUUGAUCUCACUCACGGAGGCCCUUUGAGGUCACCAAUUACUGGGGCAUUGGAGUUGUGGUCGCAGAAAAUCUUGUGGAGCGUCGGCCACAGCGGCAACCUGCGCCUGGCAGACCGCCUCAAAGACAGCAACAACACGGUGGCUGCUCUUCUGCUGCUCAUGUCCCUGCCGGGCACCCCCUCCAUUCUAUACGGGGACGAAAUCGGGCUGAAAGCCCCUCAGGACCUUGACACAGACAAUGGGGAACUGCAGCACCUGCGGCAGCUGCCGCCGAUGCCGUGGGCCUACUCGAACCAGAACAAAUUCACCGACCACAACGUCCUGCCGUGGAUGCCGAGCGGAGAGGCCCUGCUCAAGAACUCGGACGCGCAAAAGGCGCAGACCGCGGUGGCCAAAAUGGCAGUGCUGAGGAAGUACUCGCCGCAGAUGUACAUGACCAACCACACGAUUGGAAUGCCCAGAGGCAGCAAAAAUUUUGUCAUCAAGUACGAAAAUGCAGAGACCGGCGUGAUCGUGGUUCAGCGGUGGUACCAGCGCCGGCACAAAGUGGUCACGAUCGCCAACCUGGGACAGAACGCGAUUUCACCGGACCUCUCGAGCUACUACCACGGCGGCAAGGUGCUGAUUGCGUAUCCAAACCCACGGCUGCAGGGCCAGGAUAUCAUUAUGCGCCAGCUGUCCCUUGUGGCGGGCGAGGUGCUCGUCCUGCAGGUCGACAAGUAACAAGCACAAAUUUUUCGAUCGAUAUCAAAAUCUGACACACAGCUUUAUCUGUAACAGCUGCAUAUUUUUGAAACUUUUGCUGAAUGUUAGGAAAUAAUACUUAAACACACACAACACACAUUUACCCUCUUGGUCAGUAUUGAUAAAAUAAGUAUGAAACUGAAUUGUUGUGAUAAGUUUACGGUUAUGGAAGUUUCUCACAAUAUACUGCCUGCCAUUUUCUUCUCUUGUUAUUAAACUUCACCCUUUGUCUGGAGAAAA